AUAGGUUUUAGAAUUCUACCGAGCGAUUCGAGGGGCACGCACCUCAAUAAAAGAGAGAGAGAGCGGAUGGAGCCCAAAUACUUUCUUCAUGAACAUCCACUGCACUUCUUUGAAGAGUGGAGCAAUAAUGUCCACGGUGAGACUAGAGGCGUGAACUGCUCAUCAGGAUGUGGGCAGCCAAUCUCAACUCAGUUCUAUGCAUGCAUCGACUGUAAGUUUUUCCUUCAUAAAUCAUGUUCUGAGCUACCAUUGAGCAUCACUCACCCCUUCCAUGAUAAGCAUCCUCUCACUCUUUUAGCCAGAGCACCAUACUGGUCUUCUUGUUGUUUUUGUGAUGGCAGCCUCAAAGGAUUUGUUUACCACUGUUCAUCUUGUAAAUUUGACCUUGACAUCAAGUGUGCCUUGCUCCCAGAAUUCCUUAAUGGAGAUUUUCCAAAAGUUGAUCAUCACAUUCAUGUUGAACACCCACUCUCCUUCAUCGAAAAUCUUAGCCACCGUGGAGUUGAACUAGCUUCUUCCCGCUAUUGCAGUGUUUGCUUAGAAAAGUUAUCAGAUGCUUCCUUUUACACUUGUCUUGUUUGUAAGCUUUUCCUUCAUAAAUCAUGUUCUGAGACUGAGCCACCAUUGAACAUCAAUCACCCCUUCCAUGAGAAGCACACUCUUACUCUUACUCUUCUUAAACGGGAUACGGUAGUACAUUGUCAAAUUUGUCGUAAUUAUCGUUAUCCUGCAGGAUUGUUUUACCAUUGUUCUUCUUGUCAUUUCCACCUUGACAUCAAAUGUGCUUUUCUCCCACAAUUCCUCACUGGAAAUUUCCCAAAACAGUAUGGGAGUUACAAAUGUUUGCAUUCGGACUGUAAUUAUAUUCUUCAUGGGAGCUGCGUAAAAAAGAAUAAAGGUCGUCUUUAUAUCGAAGUUGAGUCAGAAAAUGAGGAAAGUAAUAAUGAGGCUUCUUCUUCUUCAAGUUGUGCUGUGGCGCUACGAGACAAGAUAGAUCAUUUCAGCCACAAGCAUGAAUUAGUGCUUGAUAAGGAGGAGAUUAUUAUGAAUGGUGAUAAAAAAUGUUGCGAUGGGUGUGUAUUACCGAUCUUGGAGGCCGCUUAUAGUUGUCCACAACCAGAGUGUAAUUUCUCCCUUCACAAGGCCUGUGCCCAAAUUGGAGAGCACAAACCACAUUGGGCUUCCCAAGAUCCUCUUCAAGUCAGAAUGAAAUGUAGUGAGAUCGAUUUCAUCACUAAGCAUGAAGCACAUGCUCAGCACGUCCUCUUCUGUGAUGAAGAUCACAAGGGACCAUGUAGUGGCUGCGGUAAGGAAAUGGGUCGUUAUGGUGGUUACAGAUGCACGCUGGCAGAGGAAGAGGAGAAUUGCAAAUUUUUUGCCUUGGACUACAGAUGCAUGACACGGCCCCUUACAGCUGAACAUAGGUUCCACCAUCACCCUCUAAAACUCACUUAUGAAGAUCCUUACAAGGAUGAUGGUGGUGAUCCAUUUCAACACAUGUGUGAAAUCUGUGAAGAUAGAAGAGAUCCAAAGCUCUGGUUUUAUCGGUGUGAUGAGUGCGAUUUUGAUGCUCAUCCCGAUUGCGUUCUUGGAGAUUACCCAUUCAUCAAGCGCGGGAUCAUUUUUUCUUAUUAUUUUAAUAAAUGUCGUUCUCAUCGAGAACCUCUCAGGAAUUUCCAGAGUGAGAAAUAUCCCUAUUCGAAAUGUGAUAUGUGUGGCCAUCCUUGCAAAGAUCAGCUGGCUCUUAAAUGUCCCCACUCUGAAUGCAACUUUGCUCUUCAUUUUGAACGUUUUGAUGAUACAUGCUUCCGCUGUUGUGCGUUCCUCUGCUAUGAAAAAAUUGCCAGAACCAUCCCCGUGAUUGCUCGAUCAGUUGCUGCUUCCGCGAAUGAUUUCUUGCUUAGGUUUGUGCCCAUCAUUUGCUUUCUAAAAAUAACAGAUUCGGCCACGGGCAAUGAAGAUUUUGCCUUUGAUUCCAUGCUCUCUGUCUCAAAUUUAAGGCUCAUACCAGACCAAAACGAUGGAGAAGAGGAAAUUCACACAAAGGGAUGCCUUUACUAUUCUUCUGCUAUAAAAUCCAAAUCGAAGAAUCCCACUGAUGUUGGCAAUCUCAUGCGUUUCAGAGGAGCGGGUUCUGAAGUGAGCAUCCAUCUCCAUUGGGAUCAUUGAUGUCCAAGCCGAGGGUGUUCUCAUUCACAGGAAUGAAGGUGGCGCCUUUCUCAUGCACACCAACUGUUCCACAUGUGGCCCGUUGAGUUAGGUAUGAGGAGUUAGGACUGUGUGCUACUCCCAUUAUAAAUUUUAUUUACCAGCUUUCAUAUGAAAAUCCGUGGUCAAAUUUACCAAGCAAAAAAUUGAGGGAAACCAAAGAAUACAUGAAGACCAUGGAAAAAGCACUGGGUGACAGUAGGCUCCCUAAACAGGUUUAAAGUUCUGCUAGAAUUUCUGCAAACGUUGUUUAGCCAAAUGAUAUGUUGGCACAGGGAGAGGCCAAGGUUUCACAUUGUGAAGAUUGACAAAACUACCAAUCAAAAGGUUCUUUUUUAAUAUGCUUCAUAUUUCUCUGAAGAAAUAGCCAGGGGAAUUCUUUGGGAGAAAGAAGAUCACAUAAAUUCACUUUCUGAGCUGAUCAUGUUGGCAUUUCUUCUCAAAUUUGAUGAAGAAGCUGUUGGGUUUUGAAGUUAAAUAAUUUGCAAGUUUUUGUGGAGGAUAAGUUUCUGUCAGCAGCCUAGGCAUGGUGAGCACAGUUGAUAUUCCUUGUGAGUGAGUAGGCAUGGCAUAUGAAGUAUGGCUGGGUGAAGGAUAUGGUAGUUUGUAAUAUUAGGCUUAUUUGGAAAAAUUAGACUAUUACAAAGGAGAUUUCAUCUUCACAAGGAUGAUUACUAUAGGAAGCAUUCCGGUUGCUCAGAGCAAUAGGGCACAAUUGCUUCCACUACUGCCUGCUAGGGUGGUAUAUUACCAUAACUAUGUUCUAUGGUCAAAUUUGCUAGAUUUUAAUUCAUACAUGAAGAGAAAUUGUCCUUGUCUCUGAUACUGUAACACUACUCAUGUUAAUUUUCUUUCUUUGCAGCCUAUUUAAGGAUCAUUCAGGUACAAUUCCUAUGCUUUACUAAAGUUUGCUCUGAUUU